GCAGCCAUUAAAGUCGGAGCAAUGAUCCUACGAAUUUAUAAAAAGAGCCCGGCUCCCGCCAUGCAUUUAUUUCCUCCAGGGCUCAUACUACUAUAUGUCCAAUUUGCAUUGCCUCUACUAGAGCUUACAGCCAAAACCCACCAGGGAAAUAUAAACCAUAUGGCAUUUUCUUCUCAGAAUCCACGAAAACAUCGCCCUAAUAGCUUUGCCGGGUCUUUUGAGGACCCGAACGGCGGCUGUGCCAAACGACCAGGUUCUGCCCAAUAUGCCCCCAAGUAUUAGCAAGCAGAACCGGGCAAAAGUCCCAAAUCACCGGAACAAGACCAAGCCAGUAUGCCGGAACAGAGACAUGCCACAGGGCCCCGAGCCA